UUUCUUCCUUUCAGAAAACUUGGUUCAAAUCUUUUAGAAAAUUUGCCACCUAACGUCUUCAAGAAUUUAGAAUGCCUUACUAUAUUACAGCUGCAGAAAAAUCGACUUCACAGUAUAAACGAGCAUAUCUUUCACAAUUUACCAAGCAUCAGACAUUUAGAUCUUAACGACAAUCACAUUCGCCAUAUUCCAAAAGAUACCUUCAGAAAUGUUACAUCUUUAACUACCCUUUGGCUUAGUAAAAACAAUCUAACAUCGCAAGUGUUUGAAUCAGUGCAACAUCUAAGCAAUCUGGACCAACUAGAUCUUAACGACAAUCACAUUCGCCAUAUUCCAAAAGAUACCUUCAGAAAUGUUACAUCUUUAACUACUCUUUGGCUCAGUAAAAACAAUUUAACAUCUCAAGUGUUUGAAUCAGUGCAACAUCUACACAAUUUGAAGCAACUAUCACUUGCUACAAACCAUAUUGAAAAGAUUCCACCGUUUGCCUUCUCAAACUUGUCCAAUCUGAAAUCUCUGUCAUUAGCAAGAAACCGAAUCAGUGAACUGCUUAAUUUCACAUUUGCAAAUUUAACUGGCCUGAAACAGAUAUUUCUUCAUGCCAAUAAAAUAAGUUCGAUAGAAUACAUGUCAUUCGCAAAUUUGAAGGACUUAGAUUAUUUACAACUGAAUGAAAAUAGGCUGUCUGAAAUACCGAAUGCUAUUGAAUUGUUACCGAAUUUGGAAAAAUUGCAACUGAAAUCAAACAAUAUUAUUUACAUACCAGAUCACAGCUUCAUACACAACCCACGUCUUAUUGAGCUAGAAGUAAAAGGCAAUUUUAUUAGAUCCUUUGGUUGUCAUGCAUUCAGUGGAAUGCCAAUGCUGGAAAGAAUAGUCAUUUCAAAGGCUGACCAACAAACAGUUUUUCCGGAUUUGACGGGGAGUCAUAGAUUAACGAUUAUACAAUUUGAUAGAGCUGCAAUCGAAGCCCUUCCCGAUGAUUUAUGUCAGAAAGUAGCGACACUUCAAUACCUUGAUGUUCAUUCCAAUAAACUUACUCAGAUGCCAAAUCUUACAGGAUGUGGAGAACUAAGAAUAUUAAACCUAUACAAUAAUAAAAUCAUGCAACUGAAAGAAAAUUCAUUUCGAGGUCUUAGCAAACUCCGAGACUUAAUUAUGGGUAAUAACUUCAUCAGAGAAAUUCCGAAUGGUGCUUUUACAGGAUUAGAAAGACUGGAAAACCUUGACCUGGUUGAUAACCGAAUACAAUAUAUCGCUGAAAAUGCGUUUAAACCUUUAAAUAACCUGCAAGAACUAAACCUGGGUGACAACCAAUUCUCUCACCUACCAACUGAUGGACUUCUCAAACUGAAAAAGUUACUCAUUUAUAAGAACAAGUAUUUGCAGAAUUUUCCACCAUCAAAAGCUUUCCCAGAAAUACAAUUCCUUACUCUAACCUAUUCUUAUCACUGUUGCAAAUUUAUCCAGACCUCGGAGCAGAAUGGAGUGAAGCCUUUAGAAUUCACCGAAGAGAUAUUAUGGCUAAAUUCUGAAGGCACUGACUGGGAUCACUUCAGUAACAUGACAGAAAUAUGGAAGCCAGUAGUAAAUGGUUCAAUUCUUCACUACGGCGUGGCUGUUGACAUCCUGGAAGGUAAAUUCAGACCAGAAAUGGACUAUAAUAUGACGGAACUUCCACCUGCCACUAUAGAACAUCUUGAGGACUAUGUCCAGCCAGACAACAGAGAUAUUAUGGCUUCCAGGCCACCAAUUAUGUGUCAGCCUAUGCCAGAUCCAUUUCUACCAUGUGAUGAUUUGUUUGGAUGGUGGUACCUACGAUGCGGUGUCUGGGUUGUUUUACAGCUUGCUUUGUUAGGAAACAGUGUUGUUUUAUUUGUCUCCAUCACAAGUAAAUCCAAAAUGGACGUACAACGCUUUUUAAUUUGCAACUUAGCGACUGCUGAUCUCUUUAUGGGAAUUUACCUAGGUUUUCUAGCUGUAGUUGAUGCAGGAACGCUGGGUGAAUUCAAGAAAUUUGCGUUAGAUUGGCAGACAAGUACGUGGUGUUUGGUAGCAGGUAUACUUGGAACGGUUUCCAGUGAAAUGAGCGUAUAUACACUCACUAUUAUUACACUUGAGCGUUUCUACGUCAUCACACACACAAUGCAGCUGGACAAACGCUUAUCAUUGAGACGUGCAGGAUAUAUCAUGCUUAUUGGUUGGAUUUUUGCCAUAACCGUAGCUGCCAUGCCACUUUUUGGAAUCAGUAAUUACCAGAAAUUCGCUAUAUGUCUUCCUUUUGAAACUGGCGAUGUCCUGUCACUUGUGUAUGUCUGCUUCAUUAUGGUUUUUAACGGAACAUCUUUCUUAGUCAUCAUGUCAUGUUAUCUGAAAAUGUACUGCGACAUCCGUGACUCAAAAGCAUGGAAUUCACCUGAUGUUCGCGUGGCAAAGAGAAUGUCUCUUCUCAUUUUUACUGAUUUUCUUUGCUGGAUGCCAAUCACAAUUUUAUCGCUGACAGCCAUGUUCGGAAAAGAAUUAAUUUCUCUUGAAGAAGCAAAGUUUUUUACGAUCUUCGUAUUGCCACUAAACAGUUGUGCUAACCCGUUUCUUUACGCAAUCUUCACAAAGCAGUUUAAACGUGAUUGCACAAAUUUCUGUCGUCGGUUAGAAGAAUCGACUAUAUCGCAGGGUUAUGGUCGAUAUGGCAAUCGCCAACAUCAAGCGUCUUGGGGAUCUGUGCGACUGGCUUCGUUUCUAAAACUCUUCUCUAUCGAGAAACGAGCAACCAGCGACAAAAUAACCAGCACCAAGUACAGCAUGAAUGUCAAGGAAAAUGUAAACGAGAGUACUUCUAAAUGCUUUUGUCCGAUUUGUGAGGAAUGUCUCAAGUUUCAAGUGGCUGAAAGUGAUAAAUCUCUCGAGGAACUCAGUAAACAAAUCACAGCUGACAUCGUUUUUACGGCAUGUAAAUCCCAAGAGAACGAUGAGAAACUGCAAUGUUUGAAAGAUACAACGGCUUCAUGUUUGGCAGGAAAUUGCUCGGAGGAAGAAAAAUUACUCAGUUGCAGUCAACUUCUUCAGCAAGUAUGCACGAGGUUUGAUGGUUCUAACUCAACAAUGAUCCCGCUUGAAACAUUGCACCAUGGUCUGAGUAAGAUAAAUUCUCAGUCAGAAGAAGAAGAAGCCUUAACGGGUAGUAUUAAUGGCGUCACGGGAGAAGAAGGGAUCUCUGAUUCCUCUUCGUCGUCGUCUUCAUCUUCUGAUACUGGUAUAUCACAGACACGCUUUCAAACAGUAUUACGUGAUUUUAAGUGUGGAAAACGUUGCAUCAAUGGUGAUCAUUACAAACUCAGCACACGUAGAGGUUGUCCUCAGUCGUGUCAUCACACUCUAUAUUCACCCAAAUGGGCACCGGUACAUCAGCGAUUAAAAUGUAAUUCCAGUUUAUCUAUUGUUCCAGAAGAAAAAACAGAAACACUAACGCGUUCUAAAAUGAGUGAAGGAGAAUCUGAUGAGAAAGAUACGACAAUUACUCCAGACAUCGAAGAGGGGAAAGAAAAGGAUGGAAAGGAAAUAAGAAUUGUUGUAGUAGACGUAGAUAAAAUAGAAAAUGAAGAGAAAACGAAUAGUGAUGAAAAACCAUUGUCAUCUUCACCAUCUCCAUCAUCAGCAAUUAGGAGACAAAACGGUUACAUGCUACUUUCAAGCUCAGCAAAUGCCACAUCCGCCGAAAAUGUGCAAAAGGAAGUGAACAGACCAAAUAAAGAAGAUGAAAUAUUUCCUAAAAGACACCUUAAACAACAACGUUCUAGCAGCAUGUCUACUUUAAAAAAACACUCGCCUGAAGAAGAAAAAUUUCACCCUCUUCGGCCAUAUCACAGCAAUGAUUCGGUUCAUUCAGAUAAACAGUCAAACCUUCUUGUUAAUAAACUUUCUCCCAUCGAUAUAUCUCCGUCCAGUAACACAAACAGUCAUUUAUGUUCUAAUGGUAUUCACAAUUAAACAUUACAUACUGAACUGUA